AUGUCCUUGUUGGCAAGUAUAGGAGGUAUCCUGUUUGGCUAUGACCAGGGAGUCAUUUCUGGAGUGUUGGUGAUGAACAACUUUGUCAAGAACUUUCCCGAACUUGCCAACGACACGACUCUAAAAGGCUGGGCAGUUUCCGUGCUCACGCUCGGUGCCAUGUUUGGUGCCUUUGCCAACGGUCCGAUCGCUGACCAUCUCUCGCGCCGAUGGUCCAUUGCCCUGGCCUCUGUGAUCUUCAUCAUCGGCUCGGCCGUCCAAGCAGGAGCAGUCAAUAUUGCCAUGAUAUUCGUUGGUCGGGCAUGUGCCGGUUAUGCCAUCGGUAUGCUGUCCAUGGUUGUGCCCCUAUACCUUAGCGAACUGGCCCCCUCGAACCUCCGUGGUGCCCUCGUCUCACUCCAGCAACUUGGAAUCACACUGGGCAUCAUGAUAUCCUUUUGGAUCGAUUAUGGGACGGCAUAUAUCGGGGGCACCGGCGAUGGCCAGUCAGAGGCAGCAUGGAGACUUCCCCUAGCCCUGCAAUGUCUGCCGGCACUGAUCCUAGGCAUUGGUACUUUGUUUUUGCCUUAUUCGCCGCGCUGGCUCAUGCUCAAAGACCGCGAAGAGGAAGCAGUCAUGGUGCUGACCAGAAUGAGGCGUGUUCCUGCUGACGAUUGGAGGCUCCAAAGAGAAAUCCUUGAGAUCAAAGCAGCUUCCGUGUUCGAUAACGAAACCAUGGCGGAACGUUACUCUGGCGUAUCCAACUUCAGGGUCAUGGUAUCCCAGUACACUGAGCUCUUCGUCCAACGGCAUCUGAACCGACGUCUUCUCAUUGCAUGUCUUCUUCAGAUUAUCCAGCAGUUUACUGGUAUCAAUGCGAUUAUUUACUACGCUCCAACCAUAUUCCAGAGCAUCGGACUUUCUGGAAACUCGGUUGACCUCCUUGCAACCGGAGUGGUUGGCAUCAUCGACUUUGUCUCUACGAUCCCGGCCAUCAUGUUCCUCGACCGUUGGGGAAGAAAAGGAGUUCUGCUGAGUGGAGCCGUUGGUAUGGGUAUAUGUCAACUGAUUGUCGGUACCCUGUAUGCAGUUUAUGAAAACUCUUGGGACGACCAUAAAGGUGCUGGAUGGGCGGCGGCUGUAUUUAUAUGGUUAUACAUUGCCAGCUUUGCCUACAGCAUCGGCUGUGUCAAUUGGAUUAUGCCGUCUGAGCUCUUCCCUCCUGCGAACCGAGCGAAAGCCGUAGGUGUCGCCAUCGGAACAAACUGGCUAUCCAAUUUCAUUGUCGGCCUUAUCACACCACGUAUGCUCGCUUCGAUUAGAUACGGCACAUUCUUCUUCUUUCUAGCUUUCUGCGUGAUACUAUUUGUCUGGGUGUAUUUCUUCGUUCCGGAGACUCGUGGGGUCCGUAUCGAGGAGAUGGAUAACCUGUUUGGCGGAAGCCAGGGCGAAGCUGAUAUUCAACGAAUGGAGGCAAUCAGACGGCGGCUCGGCCUCGACAACCCCUCAGAGCCGGAAGACAAGGCUACGGAAGUGCACGAGGAGCACGUUGACAAGACUUUCUAG